AUAUUUGUUUUUAAAUUUUCAAGGUACCUCAGAAUGUAAAGCUCUUUCGAAAGAUGAUGCCCAUAACUUGAGUGUUACAAAAGGAGUAUUGAAAAUUUUUUCAAGAUGACAGAGGAGGAUUUUUCUGAAAAAUGUGACAAAGUUAAUGACAAGACUAGAUGGGACAAAGUGCUUACAGAUCUGCUAAAUGUUCAAACUGUUGCAAAUAGUUUAAUAGCUGAUGUAGAGAAGGAAGCAAAGAAGUCCGAAAAAGCUACUGAUGAUGUCUAUAAUGAGCUGUUCAAAACUCAUUGCUUGGAUAAUGUUGCUUUUAAAACGGCAAAAACAAAUGUCAUCAAAACAGCUUCACCAUGCGUGACGGAAAACAGACUGGCCGAAAUUCUAAAAUACUCUAUGUCUUAUUCUUGUGAUAAAUAUAAGAAAGAAGCCAUGGACAAGAAUCGAAGCGGAAAAAAGCAUGGCAAGAAAACCAAGGACAAUAUUUAACGACUUCUGAUGUUUCUACAAUCAAAUUAUUAUAAUCUAUUAUCAUUAUAAGGAAACUUACCGGCACUGUGAUCUAGUGGUCACUUAAUAAGUGACUGUGUAAAAAUUAUAUAGUGAGAUAAGAUUCGCUCCGGCACCAGGUUGAACUUACGUCCGCUGUACUAUAUAAGGACUUAACAAUGAUUUUCCUAGUUCAAUACAAAUAGCAAAUAUUGUAGGUAAAUACAUAUUUAUACAGAUAUCUGAAGAGCGGACACAGCCGCUGUUGUGUACUAUACAAUCAACAGAGUUCUUUUAGGAGGAGAACCCCAAUCGGCCGUCGAUGCGGGGAAACUAUGGGGCAUUUCGCAAACAGUUUACUCGUCUAAAAGAAUGAACAGCAUGUCUCGAAAUAAACAGAAAAGUACACUAGUGAAGAGGAGAAAUUGUAUAUGUAACAUAAAACAUAAUCUUAUAACCAUAAAUGUACCAUUAAAUAAAAAGUUAUUGCUAUUAGCA